AUGGUAAAUCCCAAGUGUUUCACCGCCCUGCUGACAAUGAGCGUUCUGACCACUGCCGCCCCCGCUCCCGCCGCGGAUGCUGAAGAGGGUAAGCCUGCCCCUCGUCAGACCGGAAGAGCUGUUUACACCUGCCACCACACGUACUGGGGCGCCCCUUGCCAACCCUCAGCAAGUAUUAACAAUCAUCUAGUCAAUGUCCCAUCCGACUGGAAUAACGUGAUCAGCUCGAUUCGCAACCAGACCGCUUGGUCUUGCACUUGGUACGAACAUGGCAACUGCGAAGGUCGGUCUUAUACCAACCAAGAAGAUGCCAAGCUCGCUGAUGGCGACGGCUUCUUCAAUGACCGCAUCAGCUCUUGGCGCUGUUAUUGA